GGUUUCUCCUUAUAAAAAAAAGAGAUAAGACACUGAAUUAUUUUCAAUAUUUCUAGACAUUUUCAGUGUUUCAUUGUGACUUGGGAUAAUAUGGCCAAUUUUGUUAAAACAUUAGCUUUUUUGACAACUUUUGUCAUUGCAGGAUUGUGUCAAAGCAACACAACCCUAAUAUGUUAUGACUGUGAUCCAUCUCAUUCAGAAGAAUGCAAGUAUCCUGUAAAGAAUAACGCAGCAAAUACAGUUUGCAAACAAAUUGGUAACACAACUGCUGCGUGUCUAUCAGCUUACAUCAACAAUACAGAUCCAACAAAAACUGGUAUCUAUAGAGGUUGUGUGAAUAAGCCAGUGGAAGUAGCUGAUGUUUGUGACUGGUAUAUACAAGAGAAAUCAUCAGCGAAUGUUACAUUCAAAUCCUGUUUUGCUUGUAAUGAAACUAGAUGCAAUACUAUAAUGUUAUACCCUGAUGGAUCAAGCUCAGCAAACAAUGUGUACAAUUUGAAUAUUGUUAUGAUUAUCAAUACAAUCAUUUUAAUUUCAUUGGUACUGUGGAAGUGAUAACUUUUACUAAUUUUAAUAUUUGAGUUGCCAAUUAAAUCAUAGUUUUGAAAUUAAAUAAUUUUUUUUCUAAAA